AUGGCUGAGCCAAGGAGAACUUUAUCCGAUUUUGAGAGGCCACAAUUUACUGGGGAGGAAUUUAGUGUGCAAGCACCUACUGUUCCGGCCAAUAAUUUUGAGAUCAAGGCAAGCACGAUAGGAAUGGUUCAAAACUCAGUACAGUUUGAUGGGUUAGCUGAUGAGGACCCACAUGCUCAUCUUUCUCGCUUCCUUCAAAUUUGCUCAACCUUUAAGAUCAACUCUGUAUCUGAUGAUGCCAUUAGGUUGAGAUUAUUUCCAUUCAGUCUGAGAGGAGCGGCAUACAAAUGGCUCACUUCUUUAGCUCCUGGUUCUAUCACCACAUGGAAGGACUUGGUGGAGAAGUUCCUUGCUAGAUAUUUCCCACCAAGCAAGGCAGCGAGACUGAGACAGGAGAUUUCAUCCUUCAUGCAAGGGGACACCGAGACAUUGUUUGAGGCACAUGAACGGUUUAAGGAUCUUCUACGCAUGUGCCCUCAUCAUGGAUUCCCUGCAUGGAUGAGAGUGCAGAUGCUUUGUAAUGGGGUGAAUUAUGCUACAAGGCAGCUCAUCGAUGCAGUAGCUGGUUGUUCUUUGAGCAACAAACUCCCUGAAGAAGCUGAGACAUUAAUCGAGAACAUGGCUAGCAACGAAUGUCAUUGGAGCACUAGACAAAAGGCACCAAGAGCAGCAAGGUUGUACGAGGUGAAUGACACUACUGCUUUGGCUGCAAAAGUGGAUACUUUGACCAAGAGUGUCAUGGAUAACAAUGCAUUGGCCACAAAGAUUGAAGCUUUGACACAGAAAUUUGAUCAGUUCAUGUUGGGUUCUAGCUCAAGUCCUAAGGCAGUAAUGUCAUGUGAAACAUGUGGUGUUGGGUAUGCAACAACCCAAUGCCCCAUUCUUGUUGCUUCCCUUGCACCGACUGAGUCAGUAGAGUAUGUCAGUAGAGGACCAAGGGGUUCGGGAAAUGCUUUUGGCAACACUUACAACCUGGGGUGGAAGAACCAUCCAAAUUUCUCUUGGAACCAAGGGCAGUUACAACAAAGACCACCACCACCUCAAGGUCCUCAGUUUCAGCCCCAACAACCACAAGACAGAAAAUAUACCACUGAAGAUGUGUUAGCAAAGUUCAUGAUUAAUACUGAGGCAAGAUUUCAGAAUAUUAACAAUCAGUUAACACAGCAUGGGGGACAUUUCAGUGAGAUAAGCACUGUGUUGAGAAAUCUUCAAGCGUCUGUGCAAUCUCUUGAGAACCAAGUGGGACAACUUGCUAGAGCACAAUCAGAACGACCCUUAGGUAGCUUACCAAGCAACACUGAAAGCAACCUGAGGGAGCAUUUGAAGGCUGUUAUACUAAGAAGUGGGAAACAGUUGGAGGCAAGGGCCAAGGAGAGCCCAAGUGCCUCCAAUGAUGGGGUAGCCGUUCGGGAAGACCCUAGUUCAGGUGAGAAUGCGAGUGAAAAGAGUGAGAAGAAGCCUGAUGAAGAUGUUCCUAAGUCUCCGAUCCGAGGGGGGCAUGAGUAUAAACCUGUAGUGCCAUAG